AUGGUGUUCGUCCCCUGGGCCGACCACGGCAUCUGCAAGUGGUCGAUGCUCGGCCGCUGCAGGGCCGCUGAAGGUCACUGCCAAUGGCGGCACCCAGAGAAGGAGGAGCGGUCGGCGCUGUGGGACCAGCAUAAAGCCCAGCAGAAGGAAGAUUGGGAGGUGAGAGGGAUUCCACCGCCGGUGAAUCCGCGGACGGAUGGGAGGGCGGUGAUGGUGGAGGAUAUCACGCGCGGGGCGGGGGUCGUGAAGUCUGCUCCGCCACCUCCUCCUCCGACUCGAGUUGCGACGCCUCCUUUUCCGCCUCCUCUUCUGCCGUUCGCGCUUCCGCACCCACCACCACCUCCACAUCCGCCAGCAGCAGCACCUUCUCCGGCAGAGGAACAGUCCGCGGUGCCGUCUUUGGAUCCUCGUUUGCGCCGCCAGGAUUUGGGUGAUCCUUCGCAGACCAGUCUGAGCGCACCAGCUUUCACCAUCACAGACGCACCAGCACCAGCGCAACACAGGAUGACCGGCAGUAAGAAGAGCUUCGAGCCGAAAAAGGGCGCGAACAAGGAGGCUCUGGGGAAAGCAAAUGCAAACAAUGAGCCACUGGGUAGACCGAAUCGCCUUGCCAACCGCAGCGAGAGCAAUGCCUCGACAGAAGAGACAGCAAAGCAACAGCACCAACCUCAAGCCUUCUCCAAGAACGAGAGUAAUGGAAAAGCUGCUAUCGACGACCUCACCAGCAUGAUUCGUGAUUCUCCCUCAGAGAACGCCACGACCAUCUGGAAGCGACCCGACACACCGCAGAAGAUGGACAUCUCCGACGUCAACAGCAUUCCGGUGCGCAAAGGCGACUACUGGGAGCGCAAGAAGAAGCACGAUGCAGAGAUCGAAGCGAGGAAGAAGGAGAUGAGGGAGAGUGAAGUGAUGCCGCCUCCAGACUCAAGCUUGCUUGGCGCUCGGCAAAGCUCAGCCCAGCAAGAGCAGCCGACUUCAGUCCAUCCGACUUCAUCUACGAACAAAUACGCAGGACCACACCAGAAGGACGCCAUGGGCGCCGUCAAGAGGAUGUCCAACGGCGAGGCAAAGCCUGUCGGUCCUCAUCCAUCCACCAUCCGAGUCUCGGCGAGAUACCUGUCGCAUGCGGCGGUAGAAAAGCGACUACAGCCUCCAGCGCAGAAUGGCGAGCUCGAUUUACAGGAGCGUUCCGUGGCAGAGGCGCGCGAGGAUAGCAUGCGCUUGCAGGGUGUCACAUGGCUCGAUACCGUCCGGCGAGCACUCCAGCUACCGAUCAGGACUUAUAGCACGGCGUGCAUGUACUACCACAAGUUCAGACUGGCGCAUCCGGGAGUCUUGAACGGGAUGGAGUACGGCAAUGCCUGGGCAGAUGCAUGUGCGGCGAGUCUGUUGACAGCGUGCAAGGUGGAGGACACGUUGAAGAAGAGCAAAGACAUCCUGGCGGCGGCCUACAAUCUCAAGGCAUCGACGCACGAUCAGCUGGGAUCCGACGAUGCAGUCUUCGAAGCACCGAGCAGAGCAGUUAUCGGACUGGAGCGCAUGGUCUUGGAAGCAGGCGGGUUCGACUUCCGCAGCAAGAAUCCGCACAAGCUUUUCCAAAAGAUCACGCAAACCAUGCCAGAAGGCGAAGACGGCGAGCGCAACAAAGUCGAGAAAGUAGGCUGGACAGUAAUGACCGACCUCUUCCGCACCUUCGCCCCUCUCAAACAGACCGACGCCACCAUGGCUCUCGCCGGUCUCGAACUAGCUGCCAACCUCGUCGCAACCUCCACCCCCGACAACACCUCCGCCAUCCGCGACGCCCUCCGCGACUACGAUAUCACAAAAUGGUCCACCACCCGCCCCGAAAUCAUGGAAACCCUCCUCGACCUUCUCGACCUCUACACCCAACACACCGCCAACACCAUCCUCGGCACGCACUACUCCCUCGACGACUUCCUCCGCAUCCGCCUUUCGUUCAACCGCGAAUGCAACGAGCACAACAUUCCCCGCCACACCACCGCGCCUACCACCGACCGCGGAACGAAUGGCAGCACAUUGCAGGUAGCCAACGGCCACCCGACCCCUGUCUCGCCCCCCCAACCCGGAUCACAAAUCCAGCCCACCCAACCAAACCAACCCCCUAUCCCCGAGGGAGGCGGCACGCUCCGCUUCAUGCUCAACCCCCAACUCGCCGCCGACGAAAAGACCGAAGUCCAAAAGUUCUUCGUCGAAGAAUGGGAAGAAUACGAAGAAGAGAUCGAAGUCCCCAUCCCACGCUCGGAAUCGCGGAACCGUGGCGAUAGCCACGGCCACCGCAGCGACCGGAGCGGCGGCAACAGCAGACGCGGCUCCGGCGACGUGCGGCUCGAGAGGCCUCCACCACCACCGCGCGCUUUAAACGAGAGGGACAGGGAGGGGGAGAGAGAGAGGUUAAGGGAGAGGGAGCGGGAGGUUGAGCGGGAUAGGGCGAGGAUGCGGGAUAGGGAGAGGAGGUUCGAGGGGCCCGGAAGGAGAGGGGGGAGGUAUGAGGGUGGGAGGGACAGACGGUUUGACGAGGGGAGGAGGCGGCCAUGA